UUCCUCUUUCCUUAUACGAGAGAAUAUACUUGACUUGGUAUGUUUUUAAAGGAUAAAUUACAUCAGGGGUCCUCAACUUUUUGCUUAGCUCAGUCUGAUCCUGAACCUUUCAGUUAUUACAAUUGGAUCACCAUUAACAUUCACGCUUCGCUCACCUACAUACUGACGGCCAUAGGAGUCAAUGUCGUUCCAACGAUGGACGCCAUCUAUCUCUUAUUUGGAACUCUGCUUCUACUCAACUGUGGAUUCUUUGUUUUUUUGCUGCAUAUAUUGUAUGCUGUGAUCCUUACAAAACUUGGAUUGAGGGCUUCUUUGAAACUUCCAAAGUGGCUGGAUAAAGCAAUUUGAGGGCAUUUUUGCGAAAUUUAUUGCCACCCAUACAAAAUAUAGGAAACCUUGGAAUCAAUCUUCAUAGCUUGUUUUUUUUUUUUAUUCCACUGUUCUUAUUCUGUAUAAAAUUAGUGUUGGCUCAUUAAUUUCCAGGUUGUAAUUGUUCAUUGUAAUUGAAAUCCUUAUGAAGAAAUAGAAAAACUCAAGGCUAAAGUGCAAAACCAACCUUGCACUCUCACCCUUUAUCUCAUUAAACCCUGACAUUUUUCUAUGGUUGCUGCAUCUUGCUCUUGUUUUUAAA